AUGAAGUCACAAUUUCCUAUACAAGGCGGCCAAUUUGCUCUUGCUGAUCGCUUUGUUUCUCGUGAACUGGGCUUUGCCACGGGAAUUCUAUAUUGGUACAACUCUGAUGCUCUUGAUAGUGUGGGCGGUGAAUGGGACAGGGACAUGAUUCUUUGGAGAGAUGGAGUUUUGGUUUUGUUCAAUCAAGGUCAUAACAAUCGCAUCGGAGGUGCUAAGGGGCGCUUUCUCGGAUUCUUCAGUGUGCUUAUUCACGCCGCAUUCGCAUUUAUCGGAACCGACAUCACUGCUAUGGCGUCCGUGGAGACUGCCAACCCUCGAAAGAAUGUUCCUCGGGCCAUUAAGGGCGCCUUCAUGGUCGGCCUCUUAGCAUCUCCUUCAGAUCUAUCUCUUAAUCUUUCAUCUACUGCAGCCAAGAGUCCAUUUGUGAUUGCUAUCAAGAAUGCUGGAAUUCCAGCCUUGCCAUCUAUCAUAAAUGCGGCAAUUCUCACAAGUGCCUGGUCGUCUGGCUGUGCCGAUCUUUUUGUCUCGUCGCGUACUCUCUACGGCCUCGCUGCCCGGGGUCAUGCCCCUAAGAUCUUCCUCAAAACCCGGAAAGACGGCCUUCCGUGGGUCAGUGUUAUCUUUUGUGGAGCCUUUUCCUUAUUGUCCUUCAUGGCAGCUUCCAAGGGCGAAGAGGGCACUGUCUUUGGCUACUGUAAGAACUUUCCGCUUGCCCUAAUCCCAUGGGACAUACUAGCGCGUUUUCCCGUAUAA